AUGAAGAUUCUCAAAACAUAUGAAAAGGCUUUAGGACAGUUGAUCAACCUGGAUAAGUCUUCUGUCUUUUUUAGUAAGAAUAUGUCUAUGGAGCAAAGAAAAGAAGUGUGCAGCUCUCUGGGAGGAAUGGUAGAGAUGAAACAAGGCAAAUAUCUGGGACUGACUAUGGUGAUCUCUAGGACAAAGGAUCAGAUCUUUGGGUUCAUCAAGGAAAACAUAAGGAGAAAGCUUCAGGAUUGGAGGAAUAAGUUGCUAAGUACUGUAGGCAAGGAAGUGAUGCUCAAGGCAGUAUCAAUGGCAAUGCCUACUUAUGCCAUGUUGUUUUCAAACUGCCAAGGAAGCUGUGUAAAGACAUUAGCUCACUGA